AUGCGCCUCUCCGCCGGGCUGCUCUGCAUCGUCACACAGGCCUGGACGGUGAAUGCCAACGUCGAGAAGACGAUAUUCCUUGGUCCUAAACCUGUGACUCUCUCCAAUGUCCGCCCCAGAUUAGAUGACUUCAGUUUGCAUCGCUUGUCGCCCACAGAUACUAUCCUCCCAAUACGUGUUCCUGUACAGUUUCCCACUGAGUCGGUGCCCCGCGGUCUCGAGUCCUGGUACCUGCUUCGCGGCCUGGAAGACGGGAGAAGGUACGAAGUGCGCAUCUGCUGGCCGGCAACUCAACCUACCGAUUUCUGGCUCGACACUUAUUCAAUCACCCACGUAUUCAACACUCCUGAAUUGAUAUCUUCGCUGGCACAGUAUAACUCAGCACUUCGAAGCGAACCAGUCGACGACGAAAUCAUCACUAAGGGAGCGCAACCUGCAGCCCCAGAAUCCAUGUUAUUUCUGCGCCUCCAGGCUGCAGCGUCCUAUUACUCGACCAAUCGCACAUUGAUGGACUACCCGCCUCCGGUCGACGCGGAUAUCAUACUCGAUUCCUUUAUACUGAACGUCUUCCCACAAUCACUCGGUCCGGUCGCGAUAUACAUCACCGCAGUCGCUGUAGGAGCCUGGUUUCUCUCGGGCUACAUCUACCGUUGGCUACUAUCUGUCGCUGCCGAACCACCCAGCAAACCGCACACCGAUUGA